ACUGCACUGCAUAAACGUUUAUCUACCGUGGUGAUAAAUGUUACCAUUUUGCAUUUCAGAUUUCAGUAAAACAUGCAGAAGAGCGAAUUCCAAACCCUGCAACAAAUGCCCAUAAUUUACCCACGAAGGGGAAAAGCUGGAUUCUCACCAUCCAUUUCUGACAGUUAAUGUCAAGCAGUACACAGAUGCAGCAAAGAUCUGCAUAUCUGCCUGAGGUAUCGUCACUAAUGGCUGAAAAGCCAUUCGAGAUUUACAGCUCCAACCGCACAUGAAUACCUCACGAUGCCUUCGAAAGUCUCAUGCCUGUACGUGCUGACGGUCGUCUGCUGGGCGAGCGCUCUCUGGUAUCUCAGUAUAUCCAGACCCACGUCGUCCUACGUGAGCCAGCUGUCCGCGCCCGGGCGCAAACCCACGAAAGCGCACAAGAACGUCAGCGUCACGUUUGGGAACAUCAGGACGCGGCCGCUAAACCCCCACGCUUUCGAUUUCAUCAUCAACGAGCCCAAAAAGUGCGAAACGAACGUUCCCUUUCUCGUCAUCCUCAUAACGACGACGCACAAGGAGUUCGACGCCCGCCAAGCCAUUCGUGAGACGUGGGGCGACGAGAGCACGUUCAGCGACCUCCGCAUCAUCACAAUGUUUCUGCUGGGACGCAGCACGGACGCGGUGCUCAACCAGAUGGUGGAGCAGGAGAGCGAGAUCUUUCACGACAUCGUAGUGGAGGACUUCAUCGACUCGUACCACAACCUCACGCUCAAAACCUUGAUGGGAAUGCGCUGGGUGGCCACCUUCUGCAACCAAGCCAAGUACGUGAUGAAAACAGACAGCGAUAUCUUCGUAAACAUGGACAACUUGGUGCAUAAACUCUUGAAGCCGGCAACCAAGCCCAGACGGAGGUACUUUACGGGUUACGUCAUCAACGGAGGACCUAUAAGGGACAUGCGCAGCAAGUGGUACAUGCCUAGGGAUCUUUACCCGGAGAGCAAGUACCCUCCGUUCUGCUCGGGCACAGGGUACGUGUUCUCCGCCGACGUAGCCGACUUGAUCUAUAAGACUUCUCUGCACACCAGACUCUUACACCUGGAGGAUGUUUAUGUCGGCGUGUGUCUCAGGAAAUUGGGGAUUCACCCGUAUCAGAACAGUGGCUUCAAUCACUGGAAAAUGGCUUAUAGUCUCUGCAGGUACCGCAGAGUCAUUACCGUCCAUCAGAUCUCUCCUGAAGAGAUGCAUCGGAUCUGGAACGACAUGACCAGCAAGAAACAUCUCAAGUGUUAGAUAAAGACACCCGAGGACGUGUUGUGAAUUCGUGCCCUUUUUAUAUCCGCAAUGCAAGGAGUUUUGGGACACGUGGUGCACAUACUGUAGAGAUCUUUCUUAGAAACACUAACACCCUUCUGGGGCAUUUAAACAAAUCCAGACGACUAUGAUGAGAAAUGGUAGAUGAAAUACUCUUCAUGUUUAUAUUAUAACUGUGCUGGUCUGUUUUAAAGCAAGUGAAGGUGCAACAUGCUGGUUUAGAAAAGAAUUCAUGCUAACUUGCGUGAUCAUUACGCUUUUGAGUUUUCGGUUUGCAAAGCAAAUGAAUGUUGAUGAUAUUUUCUGUUUCUUUUUUGCACAGCCGGGACAGAAGUGAACCUGUGCAUACAGAUAUUUGGAAUUUGAACGCCUUUUGUACACAUUUUUGGCCAUUUUAUUGCGUUCAGCUCUUUUGACCGUGUUCAGAUCCAUUACACAGAAUUGCACUUGCAAAAAAAUGUGAAAGUGUCAGAUAAAUGAGAGUUCAGAGUUUUACUUGAACUGUUGCUUGAUUUAUGUUUACAUGAUAAAAAAAAGUGAAUUGCUUUUUCCUUGAAAACAAACAAACAGUGAUGUAUAGUUUGUUAUUUACAACCGGUAGAAAAAUGAUUUUCUUACUCCCAAAAUCCAAGCAGAAACAGCUUACACAUUUGUAGUUUUAUUGUACAUUAAAGUCAUAAUGGCUUUAAUAACUAAUGGGUUUACUGUACUGUACAUUUACUGUAUAAUGCAGUGUACAUCUGACAUUUAAUCUCGCACUAUGAAAAGAAAGACGAGGAAGUCAAAAAUUGGAAAUCUUUCAUUGGAAAAUGAUUCUGUUGAGGCCAAAAUGUGAUUCAUGUUUUAGGUUUUUUUUUUUGGAAAUUGUUUGCUUAUUGCUGGGUAGUGACAUUUAACUGUGACAACAUUAAUGAUCAACACACUGUCCCCAUGGGGAUAUUGUAUUAUACUGUGUAUUUUUACAUAAAAAUCUAUUACUGUGCUUUUUUAAA